ACAUUAGCUUUUUUUCGUUUUAAAUUUUCUCUUUUUUGGUCAUAUUUUCUGGGGUUUUCUCCUUUCUCGGCGGUCUGUACGAGAUUGCAAGGGAGUUUGUCUGGAAAUCAGAGAUCGAGAGCAAUUGGGAUUUUUCUUUUCCUGGCUUUGGAUCGACAAAGGCUGAAAAAGUUUGCAGCGGUUUGGCAGAUACUAAACACGCCUUCCGAGUUUGUGAUACCUCUAAGAACUUGAUUUUGUUGAUGGACGCUCAAUCUUGUGAUGUAAAUGUCCUUGGAGAUGCUCUUGAUAAGUCAUUAAAUAUCCAAGAAGCUCAGGAGACAGACUCUGCAUCUGAUGGGCAUGAGGAAGUGGAAGACAUAUACAAACAGGUUAAAACGUGGCAAGCAACUUCCCCUGAGAAGUGCUUAAACAAGAGUGUAACUUUUCCAUUUCCAAAGGUGAUGUUGCCUGCGACUUCUUCGGAAGAGGAAGAUGAGGAGCGUGAAACAGGGUUGCAGGAACACACUUCUAUGGACUCCAAGGAUCAGGCCCACUCACGAUCCAUAUCUUUGCCUACCCCUUUGGAGCUUGUAUCUGCCAUGAAAGGUAGCCGUGAGAAACGAGGGAUUCUGCAGGAAACACUGACAGUGAAAUGGGCUCCUGAUGUAUAUGAUCCACCGCCUACAUUGAUCUCACACACAGUCAAAAGCAAGAGAUCGCAGAAGUAUAAAAACAAGAAAAAUGAGAAGAGAAAUGGGAGAAAAGGGCAGAGGGGCAACUCUUCACAAGGAGGCAGCGGCAAAGACAAGAAACAUAUUCACAAAUCGACCAAGAUUUCUGGUAAAUUUGGGAAUUAUGAAGUUGGCAGCUCCAACUCCUACUGUGGGAGUAGCUACCGUCAUAAAUCACGCACUGAGAUGCAUUACUCAAUUGCUGAAGCCUCAUGAAUCACAUUUUCGUUGGAUGUCCCAUCUGGUGUGUGGAUAAAUAAGUAUUAUCCUUUAAUGGUUUUGCGCUUGUUUUUAAUUUUUGGUGGUCUAAGAACUAUGAAUGCUUCAUGCAAAGUUUUGUUCAGUGUGGUGAUAAGCUCUACAACUUGUUUGAUGAUUUUGUGAAAAUAUAAUUAGCAGAUUGAUUUUUAAGUUA